GGUAUUAGGCAACUUUGGGCAUGAUUUGUUGUUUUUUUUAAAUUUGAAAAAAAUGGAUUAUAUUGAAAGAAUUUUUUUUUUUUUUUAAAAAGUCGGAGGUGGCAUGAGUCGCCCAUGCAUCAUCAAUGAUCGGAUCUGGGUUGCAGAGAGAGGUGAGAUUCGAUAAUGGCGUCAAAGGAAUCGGCAGAAGGGUCAGUGCAGAACGUAUUGGAUCAGGAGACGCUGAAAUGGGUGUUCGUGGGAGGGAAGGGCGGAGUGGGGAAGACGACUUGCAGCUCCAUCAUCGGGAUCCUCCUCUCCCGGGUUCGAUCCUCCGUCCUCAUCAUCUCCACCGAUCCCGCCCACAAUCUCAGCGACGCCUUCCAACAGCGCUUCACCAAGGCUCCCACCCUCGUCAAUGGCUUCUCCAAUCUCUACGCCAUGGAAGUUGAUCCCAAUGUCGAACAUGAGGAAGGUGGUAGUUCUAAUGGAAUGGAUGGGGUUUUGUUUGAUCUGGCAAAUGCUAUUCCUGGGAUUGACGAGGCCAUGAGUUUUGCUGAGAUGCUAAAAUUAGUGCAAACCAUGGAUUACUCUGUUAUAGUAUUUGAUACGGCACCUACGGGCCACACACUACGACUAUUACAAUUUCCCUCAACCCUUGAGAAAGGCCUUGUCAAAAUGAUGAGUUUGAAGAGUAAGUUUGGUGGCUUCCUGAGUCAGAUGGGUCGUUUCUUUGGAGUUGGUGAUGAAUUUGGUGAGGAUGCAAUCCUGGGAAGGCUUGAGGGAAUGAAAGAGCUUAUUCAACAAGUUAGCAGGCAGUUCAAGGAUCCGGACUUGACAACCUUUGUUUGUGUCUGUAUCCCAGAAUUCCUCUCCCUAUAUGAGACGGAGAGGCUUGUGCAAGAACUCACUAGGUUUGAGAUCGACACUCAUAACAUUAUUAUUAACCAAGUGAUUUUUGAUGAAGAAGCUGUUGAGUCCAAGUUGCUCAAGGCUAGAAUGCGGAUGCAACAAAAAUACUUGGAUCAAUUCUACAUGUUAUAUGACGACUUCAACAUUACCAAAUUACCCGUGCUGCCAGAAGAGGUCUGUGGGGUUGAAGCUUUGAAGGCAUUUUCGCAUAAUUUUACAACGCCGUACCGGCCUUCCCUUGUACGAAGCUCGCUAGAAGAAGUAGAACAGAGAGUGUGCACACUAAGGGAACAACUGAGUGUUGCUGAAGCAGAACUGGAAACACUUAGAAAAGGAAAACAAAAGGUUUGAGCUUUGGGUGUGCACACAUAUUGUGUCUUCUUCCUCCCCAGAGGAAUCUGUUUUUUUAUGUUUUCCACAAGGAUGUCAUUUGAAUUGUACACUCAUUUAUUUUAUUUCUUUGUAGAAAACUUACUGCCCUGGUUUAUUACGGAGUAGCAUUAUUUUAACCACAAAAAUCCCAUAACUCCGGCCUCAAAAUUUCUUGAUUCUUAUUUCUUUUAUUAUUUAAAUAUUUAGUGUAAAGCUUCAUAUUUAAAAAUAAGACCCAAAAGUUCUACAAAAUUAUGUUCUUUUAUCAAAUAUUCCGUAGUUAAUAAAAUUUUCGGCUCUACAACAACAACAACAACAACCCAGUUAAAUCCCACAAGAGUAGGGUCUGGGGAGGGUGUGUGUACGCAGACCUUGCCCCUACUCGAAAGUAGAGAGGCUGUUUCCAAAGAGACCCCCGGCUCAACGUCGAAAGUUGCAUUGCUUGACUAACUGCUACUUCAUUAAUUAAAGAAGCGCAAAUAGUUUAGAUAUCCAUUUUGAUUUAUUCCAUCACACCCCAAAGCCAAAAACAAGUGAAAUUAAAGUCAACUAAACUUU